AUGUCUACAGAAAAAAUUACUUGCUUAUUGAACUGGCAUGCUACUCCCUAUCAUCUUCCUCUCUUCUUGGCAGAGAAAAUGGGUUAUUUUACUGAAGAAGGCAUUCAAGUUGCCAUCAUUGAGCCUAAUAACCCAUCCGAUGUGACUGAAAUCAUUGGUUCUGGUAAAGUGGAUCUAGGCUGUAAAGCGAUGAUUCAUACUAUUGCUGGUAAAGCUCGCGGUUUUCCUAUCAAAUCUAUUGGUACUUUAUUGGACGAACCUUUCACUGGAGUGAUCCAUCUGAAACACAAAAGUGGUAUCAAUGAAGACUUUGAAUCCAUUAAAGGUAAACGCAUUGGUUACGUUGGUGAAUUUGGUAAAAUUCAAGUGGAUGAUCUUGCAAGACAAUAUGGGAUGAGUACUUCCGACUACACUGCUGUGCGUGUUGGUAUGAAUGUUACUAAAGCUCUCCAAAAUGGUGAGAUUGAUGCUGGUAUUGGACUUGAAAAUGUUCAGAUGGUCGAAUUGGAAGAAUGGUCUGUCGCACAAGGACGCUCUCGAGAUGACGUCCAAAUGCUUCGUAUUGAUGAACUCGCCGACCUUGGAUGCUGUUGCUUCUGUUCUAUUCUCUUUAUUGGUAAUGAAUCGUUCAUCGAUAAACACCCUGAAAAGGUGAAAAAAUUCAUGAAGGCCGUUAAGCGUGGUGCUGAUCUGAUGUUUGCUAAGCCUGCUGAAUCCUAUGAAGCAUUUGUGGAUAUGAAACCUUGGAUGAAUAGUGAUGUUAACCGCAAGAUUUACCAACGUUCCUUCCGUUACAUGUCUCGAGAUCUUAAGAACGUUUCUCGCGAUUGGUUAAAGGUUACUAAUUAUUGUAAACGUUUGAAUAUUGUUGAUGAUUCAUUCGUACAAAAUCAGACAAAUGAAUUCCUUUCGUGGACCCUUCUUCCUGAAUCUGCUCCUGGAUUUAUCUAUCCCACUAUUGAUACUGGUGUUCUGAAG